AGGAACUGUUUGCCUAUCGCUGCUAGAUGAAGAGAAAGAUUGGAGGCCAGCUAUCACAAUCAAACAAAUUCUUUUAGGAAUUCAAGAUCUACUCAACGAACCUAAUGUAAAGGAUCCUGCACAAGCUGAAGCUUACACUAUUUACUGUCAGAAUCGUCUGGAAUAUGAAAAAAGAGUUAGAGCUCAGGCUCGAGCAAUGAGUCAUCAAGAAAGCUAAUUUUUUUUCAUAACAAAUCCAAACUUAUGUUCAGGGUGAUCCAAUAUAAAAUUAAUGAAAAAAAAAACACAUUGGCAUUUCAAUGCUUCAGCUAAGGUGAUAUUGAAAAUUGAUAAAAUGACAAUUGGAAUAUAACUUAAUAUCAUUGUGAUAUAAGAUUGGAUUUGGAAUGACUUAACAAGUUAAAAGAAAUGUCACUUUUAAAUUUUGCAUUGAUUUUUCAGUUUGUUCUAGAGAAAUUAAAUCAAUAAACUUUACAUCGGAUCUCGCAAAUCAAUGGUCCGAGUUGGAAAAAUACUGGGCACAACAUUUUAAAGUCAGUUAUUGGAUCACCUUAGAUAAAAUUUUUGUCAUGUAUACGUUUUGUAUUUACUUAAUAACAAAAAAUUGAAAUGAUUGGUUUUUAUGUUUGUAUUCUAUUGAACUACUCAGUCAUUAAAUUUUCUAAUUACACAACAUUAAUAGCAA